CACACACACAAACAUACAGACACACACACGGACCGCUUACUCCGCUCUGCCUGCUCGCUCCCACUGUCCCCAAGCCCGCCCCGCCCGCGGCAAGUGCGUGCCCAGGCGCAGCCACCGGCGAGAUCAGGAGCGCAGCGCCCGCAGCCUGAGGGAACCGGCGCAGGGCAGCAGCGGCUGCAGCUGGAUUCGCGCGCCCCAGCGCUCAGUGGCGGCGGCCGGGACACCCUCGGCAGCACCCCGCACGGCAGCACCCCGCACGGCAGCACCCCGCACCGCAGCACCCCAGACUACGAGCAACCGUGCCCGUCCCCGCCGGGGCUGGAGGGCGCAGGGCCGCCACCCUGCAAGUUCCUGGGCCCCCGGCCACCCUUAUGAGAGAAGGCGAAGCCGGGCGAAGGAGCAGGACGCUCGGCAGCAGGACUCCUCCGCAAGCCCGGCGGGCCCUCUGUUCCCGCGCCCCCCGGGCGCCCAAGAAGCAAAAUGCAACCACCGCGCUACAGCUGAGAGGGGAAGGGGCCAGAGCCAUCCGCUCGCCCGGAAUCCGGUCCCCGCGGCGGCUGCGCGUCCCGGCCGCGGCCCCUCCGCCCCGGGAGUGAGCAGCAGCAGGAGAAGAGGCAGCCGGCCCGGGGUUGGCCGGGGCUGGGGAGGAGGGACGGGACGGAGGGAGGGCGCGGGGGCGGGGAGGGGGCCCCGGCGGAUAAAGAUGGCAAUGUCUCUCAUCCAAGCGUGCUGCAGUCUGGCUCUCUCAACAUGGCUGCUUUCCUUUUGUUUCGUGCAUCUGCUCUGCCUGGACUUUACCGUGGCCGAGAAGGAGGAAUGGUACACCGCCUUCGUGAACAUCACCUACGCCGAGCCCACGCCGGACCCCGGGGCUGGGGCGGCGGGCGGCGGCGGCGCGGAGCUGCACACGGAGAAGACGGAGUGCGGGCGCUACGGAGAGCACUCGCCCAAGCAGGACGCCCGCGGGGAGGUGGUCAUGGCCAGCUCGGCCCACGACCGCCUGGCCUGCGACCCCAACACCAAGUUCGCCGCCCCGACCCACGGCAAGAACUGGAUAGCCCUCAUCCCCAAGGGCAACUGCACGUACAGGGAUAAGAUCCGGAACGCGUUCCUGCAGAACGCCUCAGCCGUGGUCAUCUUCAACGUGGGCUCCAACACCAACGAGACCAUCACCAUGCCCCACGCGGGUGUAGAAGACAUUGUGGCCAUAAUGAUUCCUGAGCCAAAAGGGAAGGAGAUAGUAAGCCUGCUGGAAAGAAACAUCACCGUGACAAUGUACAUCACCAUCGGAACCCGGAACUUGCAGAAAUACGUGAGCCGCACUUCGGUUGUGUUUGUCUCCAUCUCCUUCAUUGUCCUGAUGAUCAUUUCCCUCGCAUGGCUCGUCUUUUAUUACAUCCAGAGGUUUCGAUAUGCAAAUGCCAGGGAUAGGAACCAGCGCCGACUGGGGGAUGCAGCAAAGAAAGCCAUCAGCAAACUCCAGAUCAGGACCAUCAAGAAGGGUGACAAGGAAACAGAGUCUGAUUUUGACAACUGUGCAGUUUGUAUUGAAGGGUACAAGCCCAAUGACGUUGUCCGGAUCCUGCCCUGCCGGCAUCUUUUCCACAAGUCCUGUGUUGACCCCUGGCUUCUAGACCAUCGUACCUGUCCCAUGUGCAAGAUGAACAUUCUUAAAGCCCUAGGGAUCCCGCCCAAUGCCGACUGCAUGGACGACUUGCCCACUGACUUCGAGGGCUCUCUGGGAGGUCCACCCACCAACCAGAUCACAGGUGCCAGCGACACAACAGUGAAUGAAAGUUCAGUCACUUUGGACCCUGCUGUCCGGACUGUGGGAGCCUUGCAGGUGGUCCAGGAUACAGACCCCAUCCCCCAGGAGGGAGACGUCAUCUUUACUACUAACAGUGAGCAGGAGCCAGCUGUAAGCAGUGAUUCUGACAUUUCCUUGAUCAUGGCAAUGGAGGUUGGACUGUCUGAUGUAGAACUUUCCACUGACCAGGACUGUGAAGAAGUGAAAUCUUGAAAUGACAAAUCCAGAAGCAAAGAGAUAGUAGGACCCAAGGGAAAGGAAGGGAAGAGUGCUCCAAGACUUGGACCAGGCACACACACACCUCCAGAUCACCUUGGCAACUCCAGGGCGCUCCGUUCAAGAAUGCUGACGAAAAGCAAUAUCCAAAGUCUUGUCAAUCAGGAUGCAGUUUCUCCAUCUGUAUGGCAGUCUGUGGCCUUGGCAGCUGGGAAGUUGAAAGCUGAUUUCCACUCCUAUGUCCAUGUAGACAUACACUUCAGAAGCUCCUAAAACAGAGACUGAAAGGCCACCUUUAGGAUUUCUUAGUUUCAUUUCAAUUCUUUCCAUGUCUUAUCAUUCUUGUUUUUGGCAUGUUGUUUGAUUUCGUUGGCAAUUUUUUUAAAGAUUAUUUGUAGUUUACUUUCCAUCUAUUCCUUUGUUUUUCCUUUGAUGCACUCCAGCUUUUGUAUAGGUUUCUGUUUAGAAGCACCAGUUCCUGCUAUGAUCAGUUUGUAUUCCAUCUCUGAGAUAUGUGGUCUUGACCUCCCAGCAUGAAGUGUGCAUGGCUUUGAGAAGUGCCUCAGCACCCUGAAAUGGACUAAGGCCAGCUUUCAUUAAGAAUCUAAAUUCUUCUAAGUGGGCCUUUAAAAACCCCAGCUGCCAGAGACCCCAACACUAAGCUCUAAAUCUGCUGAGGCCACUGCUGGUUAUUUUAAGCCACAUCACACUUGCUUCCACUUGCCGGGCUUGAUUAAGGGCCCACGUGACAUGAGAAGGGAGCUCUAGGGAAGCCGUUUCAUUCUUCUGGGUCUUACAAUCUUUGGCUGAAAUUCUGAACUCAGAAGUCCCCUCCAAGGCAUCCAGUCUUUGGUGGUUGUAGGGCUGGUUUUAAAACCAGAUACCACAUUUUCUUCCUAUUGAAAACAAAAUGCCAGUUGCAUUGGUUUCCCCUGGGCUAGAACAGUUUUUUUCUUACCUCUGUAAGUGGGUUCUGUAAAAAAUGGAGACUUUAGAGAAAAGCCAAUCAUUUUUAAGUCCAAUGGCAAACAUAGUGGGGGCUGCAGUAGCACCUAGCUUUUACCUUAAUUUCGACACACUUCUGUUGAAUCUCACCAGACCAUGUGGGAGGAUUUAGGUGAAUCCCUAGCAGAUUGCUUCCCAGGGCUCCCUGAGUGUGUCCAGAUACCAAGUGAGGAAUGAGGUGUGAUUUGCUGUAUCAUUUGAACCAAAAAGUAUGCAGCAUGAGAAUUUGCUAGAUUGUUUAUCCUGACUGAAAUAGACAAAGUAAGAGGGAAAGGAAAAGAGGUAUCAAGUAAAUACUGAAACCCAAUGGUGUUUUUAAACUGUUUCUGUUUUUAUUCAUCUUUUGUAACUAUGACAGAAAUGUGCUAUUUUUUCAGUGGGCAAUUUUGUAAUAUAUUCAGACUAUCCAGAUACAGAGAUGACUAAGGUCAUUGAUAGCGUCUCUGAACAAUCAGACGGAUCACCUUAUCUCUACACAGCUGGCAAACACCAGGCUGCGGCUUGGAUUAACUAGGAAAGAAAGCUUUUCUCACUGAGUUGUUUUUAUGUAUUGAUGGGGACUUUUCCACCUCAUUAGACUAAUACUCAUUCAAAAAGAGUUUGGUUCUGCUGUAAAUCCUUGCCGCCUGCUGAAACAUGGUGUGCAGGUCAACGGAGAAUACUAGCUGCUCUUUUUUCACCACCUUUACCAAUUUCCUAUUUGAUGGUUUAUAAGUAGACAGUAAGGCAAGGCAGAUGAUUAUUACCCUCAGAAAGGUCGCAUCUCCCUAGGAGUCCAAUGCUUCCUGUAAUGAAAUCCACUCUCUAUGUGUGGGAAAAGAGGCAGGGAGGAAUGAAGAGAGCUCUGAAUCGAGAAUCCUAGAUGAACCACACGCUUUACUAAGCCUCGGCUUCUUCAUCUAUAAUGUGAAGGGUUUAAUAACAUGAGUCCCCAAGCUCCUCUGGCUGUAGGACCACAGAUGAGUCUUUCAGAGGCAGGAUCCAUUUUUGCAGAUAGCUAUGACUUGUGGCAAUCAGGCUUCGUAGCUUGGGGAGGUAGAGUUACUUGACAUGUACCAUGUAAUAACAGCCUUUGAGACUUGGCACAACUAUGGUGCCGAGAAUGAAAAUCGAAAUGAUUGAAGUUUUAAGUCCAAGUAGGAGUUGGUUUGUUUUGCCUUGUUUAAAAAUUGCUGUUAGUCAUAGAGUUUGCAAUCUCUGGAUACCUUCAAAUCCUAGCUCUCACUGUGGGAUUCUUGAUCUCAAAGGUGUUUAUUUUUCACAGUCAGCAUAGGCUUGCGCCACUGACUCCUCCCCUUCAGUCGGCUUUGCCCAAAACAAAUUUUAGUAUUACUGGUAUUAAGUUUAGUCCAGUGGAAUUAGAAGGAUAAUUCAAUAGCAACAGAAAUAUAAAUUAUAUUCCAUUCCCAGAGAGAGAAUGCGCUUUGGAUUGUUUAGUCCUCUGAUUAACGAGUAUUUUCUCUUCCUGCCAAGAACUAGGUGAAUCAGGAAUUGAUUGCAUAUGCAAGCCCUGGCCACAGCUGCACUUACAGGAUGCCUCAUAGACGAUGAGGGGUCUGAAAGGCCAACCCGAGGCUUGCAGAUCUGACCCCAAGGAGGUCCUGCUGCAAACCCCCUGAGCCUUUGCCAUUCACUACUUACCAAAGUUUGUUUCUGGAGGAUUUUCCUGUAGCUUUGAUAGUUUAAAAAAAAAAAAGAAAGAAAAAGAAAAAAAAAAAAAGCUUAA